AUGGGGCUAAGCUCGUACGACUGUCUGCUGGACGAUCCAUUCGAGCACAAAUGGCCCAAACAGCCGGAGCUGCCGGGGAUCAACUACUCUAUGGACGAACAGUGUCGCUUUGACUUCGGGGUUGGAUACAAAAUGUGCACCGCGUUCCGGACGUAUGACCCGUGUAAACAGUUAUGGUGCAGUCACCCGGACAACCAGUACUUCUGCAAAACCAAGAAGGGUCCUCCAGUGGACGGGACAGAGUGCGCUCCAGGGAAGUGGUGCUUUAAGGGACACUGCAUCUGGAGGACGAGUCAGGAGCCUCAGGGCCAUGACGGCUCCUGGGGGCCCUGGUCCAAACUGGGCUCCUGCUCCCGGACGUGUGGAGGCGGAGUCAGAGCGCGCAACAGGCAGUGCAACAACCCUGCUCCUGCGUACGGAGGGAGAGACUGCCCCGGCUCGGCCUUCGACUACCAGAUGUGCAACACGGAGGAGUGUGCAGGACCAUAUGAGGACUUCAGGGCUCAGCAGUGCACUCAGAGGAGCAACAAGUACCAUAAGAACACCAAGCACACCUGGUUACCCUACGAACACCCUGACGAGAGCAGUAAGUGUGAGUUGUCCUGUGUCUCCAAGGAGACGGGAGAAGUGGUGUCCAUGAACCAGGUGAUGCACGAUGGUACCAGGUGCAGCUACAGCGACCCCUUCAGUGUAUGUGCGAGAGGAGAGUGUCUGCACGUGGGCUGUGAUAAGGAGGUGGGUUCGUACAAAAGCGAGGACAAGUGCGGCGUCUGCGAAGGGGACAACUCUCACUGUCGCACCGUCAAACUCACGCUGACCAAGACGCCCAAGAAGAACGGAAUGCUGAAGAUGUUCGACAUUCCCAUUGGAGCGCGGCACAUCGUCAUCGAAGAGAACGAGACCUCGCCACAUUUAAUCGCUGUGAAGAACCAGGUGACAGGAAACUUCAUCCUGAACAGUAAGAGUGAAGAGGCGCAGGGGAGGACCUUCAUCGAGAACGGGCUGGAGUGGGAGUAUGUGAUGGAGGGAGAUAAGGAGACCCUGAAGACCAGCGGACCCCUGCACGAGGGCAUCAUAGUCCUGGUGAUUCCUCAGGAGGAGGAGGUGAAGACCAGUCUGACGUAUAAAUACAUCAUCCACGAGGACCUGCUUCCUCUCAUCACCAACAACAACGUUCUCCUCGCUGAGCUGGACACGUACGAGUGGGCGCUGAAGAGCUGGUCCCAGUGCUCCAAGCCCUGUGGAGGAGGGAUCCAGUACACCAAGUAUGGCUGCAGGAGGAAGAGUGACAGUCGUCUGGUUCACCGUAACUUCUGUGAGACGAGUAAAAAACCCAAACCCAUCCGCAAACGCUGCAACAGCCAGGAGUGCAGCCCUCCCACGUGGGUAGCAGAGUCCUGGGGUCCCUGUAGCAAGUCCUGUGGGAAGUUGGGGUACCAGACCAGAGUGGUGCAGUGCAUGCAGCCGCUGCUCAACAACACCCAGAGGCCCGUCCACAGCAAACACUGCCCCCCAGAGAGACCAGACCCCCGACGGGCCUGCAACCAGAGCCUGUGCCCCGCCCAGUGGAGGACCGGAGCCUGGUCCCAGUGCUCGGUGUCGUGUGGGGAGGGGAUCCAGCAGAGGCAGGUGGUCUGUAAAGGCAGCGACAACACCAUCGGAGAAUGUUCAGAGGACAAACCUGACACUCUGCUGAUCUGUAAACUCAAGGCCUGUCCAGGAGAAUCUGUGUCAAACUCUGAAGCUCUAGAAAACUCCACGGUCAAAGAUGACGUCGCUCACACCAAGUUUUUCGAGAAACCGAUUUCAAAAACAUCAUCGAAGAGUUUCUUCGGUACCUUGCAUGUGUCGGACACGGCUGGGGUGGGGGUUGUGUCUGGAGAAGAAGGAGUGAUGACUCAGGGACCCGAAGCGAGCGCUGCCCCGGGACAGCAGCCCCGGCAGGUCCCCGCUCAAGGCCCCAAUGCUGCCCCUAGUGUCCGGGCUGAGGGACAUGUCCACGGCAGGUCAGCAGGGACGCAUCAGGGACCAGGAGACGGGAAGGUCAGAAGCAAAGGGCUACGGGGGAGACAAAAGAACACAUUUGAAGUCAACAAAUAUCUCAAUGUAGGAUUAGUGCCUGAAGAGUGCAACGCAUACUCUCCGUUUCUCACACUGGGUUUGUUUUUGGAGUGGUUUCUUCGGAUGUAG